GUCGCGUUCACAUUCACAUUAUUCUUUGUUCUUCAGUUACCCUUUGCUUUUAUCUUUCUGCGUCGUCUUUUCUCUCUUCACUGGAUCUUGGAUUGAAACAUACCCAUGGCGGACGUUACGGAUCCUCAAAUUGCUGAAGCCUACCAGGAUGUUCGUUCCGACAAAUCCGAGACUAACUGGGUUUUGAUCGACUAUGAGUCGGACCGUUCAGACAAGCUCAAGGUCGCCGCGACGGGCUCGGGCGGACUUACGGAGCUGCGCGAGCACCUCGACGAUUCCAAGGCAUCCUAUGCAUACGUUCGCAUUACGUAUUCCAACGACAAGGAAUCACAGCGCGAGAAGUUCAUCCUGGUCACUUGGAUUGGUUCCGGUUGCAAAGUGAUGCGGAAAGCCAAAAUUUCCGUCCAUGCGGCUGAUGUCAAGACCGUCCUGCGUGUGUAUUCGAUUGAAGUUCCGGCCAGGGAGAAAGACGAUCUCAAGGAAGACCCCAUCAUCAUCAGGCUGCGCAAGGCUGGCGGUGCAAGCUACGACGGCGUGUAGGCCACAAGCAUCGUGUCAAAUUAUGCCCGAGUUGUACCCCUGGCACAAUAUUUUGACAUCUGUUGCAGCGAGCCUCACCGUGCCUACUAAUAACUCAGAGCGAACUUUAUUUGAAUUUAUCCAAACAGCAUGCCUAUUUGAUGACUAUAGCUGAGUACAAUAUACGGCUCCACUUUUGAGUGCUCAAGGAAUGCGACACAACACGUCCCAGAGGUCCCCAUUCGUGCCAUAACAGCUUUGGAGCGCGGCUAUUAACAUAUCAGGAUGAGCUAGGCAGCUCGAUCUGUCUUGGCCAGAUGGUCUGCCUUGGCCAGAUGGUCUGCCUUAAUCUUGUCCAAGACGGCUGGCAGGUUCUCCAGAUUCUCUCCAUCAAGUCUCAUGGCCCACCAGUCUUUCAUAUGGGUAGCUGUCACCUUGCUGUAAAACCCCUGCGCGUCCGUGUUUCCCUCAAGCACGGCCCAGUCGAGUCGGAGACAACCCUUUUCCUCCACGAUUUUGUGCAGCUCGCGGUACAGCUCCCUGCCCACCCCAAGCCUCCGCGCCUUGGUUCUAACGACGAGAUCCUCGAGGAAUAGUCCGGGCUCGCCGGUCCAAGUGGAAUAGUUGAAGAAAUAUAGGGCCAUGCCUAGUGACUUGUCAAGUCUUUCAUCUAUCGAUGCAUUGUCGACUUCUUGUUUUGUGCCUUGGAAGGCGAGCAAGACAUGAGCGUAUGGGUGGUCCCCGAAAAUGUUCCGUUGGAUCUUUUCUUCGGUAUUUUUGACCGCACCCCCAGCUUCUGGAUACAUUUGUUCCUCAUAUUCGGCAAGUUCUACAAUGAGUCGCAAGAUGAUCUUCGCCUCGUCAGGCUGUGCAUGACGAAUGUACAGUGAAUCAGUC